UUCCGGUGGCGCUGCAGCCGAGUCGCUGUCUCUGCGCUGAGCCGGGCUGGGAGGGAAGCGGUGAGGAAGCUCGGCGCGCCUCAGCCUCGCAUCGUUAGCUCCGUACCCGCUGCAGCCGGUCCCCAGAGAAAGCCAUGGCGUCUGGCAGUACUGCCGCCAGUGAGGAGGAGCGCAGCCUCCGGGAAUGUGAGCUCUAUGUCCAGAAGCACAACAUGCAGGCCCUGCUGAAGGAUUCUGUUGUGCAGCUGUGCACUGCUCGGCCUGAGAGGCCCAUGGCGUUCCUCAGGGAAUACUUCGAGAGGUUGGAGAAGGAGGAAGCUAAACAGAUCCAGAAUCUGCAGAAAGCAAGCACCCGUGCAGACUCGCGGGAGGAUGAAAUUUCUCCUCCUCCACCCAAUCCGGUGGUGAAGGGCCGGAGGCGAAGAGGUGCUAUCAGUGCUGAAGUCUACACGGAGGAAGAUGCGGCGUCAUAUGUUAGAAAGGUUAUACCAAAAGAUUACAAGACAAUGGCUGCUUUAGCCAAAGCCAUUGAAAAGAAUGUGCUGUUUUCACAUCUUGAUGAUAAUGAGAGAAGUGAUAUUUUUGAUGCCAUGUUUCCAGUCUCUUUUAUUGCUGGAGAGACUGUUAUUCAGCAAGGUGAUGAAGGGGAUAACUUCUAUGUAAUUGAUCAAGGAGAGAUGGAUGUUUAUGUUAACAAUGAAUGGGCAACCAGUGUUGGGGAAGGAGGGAGCUUCGGAGAACUUGCUUUGAUUUAUGGAACACCUAGAGCAGCCACUGUCAAAGCAAAGACAAAUGUGAAAUUGUGGGGCACUGACAGGGACAGCUAUAGAAGAAUCCUUAUGGGAAGCACGCCGAGAAAGCGGAAGAUGUAUGAGGAAUUCCUUAGUAAAGUGUCCAUUUUAGAAUCUCUGGACAAGUGGGAACGUCUCACAGUUGCUGAUGCAUUGGAACCGGUUCAGUUUGAAGAUGGGCAAAAGAUUGUGGGGCAGGGAGAACCAGGGGAUGAGUUUUUCAUUAUUUUAGAGGGUUCGGCUGCUGUGCUGCAAUGUCGGUCAGAAAAUGAAGAGUUUGUUGAAGUGGGAAGAUUGGGGCCUUCUGAUUAUUUUGGCAAAAUCGCACUGCUGAUGAAUCGUCCCCUUGCUGCCACGGUGGUGGCUCGUGGCCCGUUGAAGUGCGUUAAGCUGGACCGACCUAGAUUUGAACGUGUUCUCGGUCCGUGCUCGGAUAUCCUCAAACGAAACAUCCAGCAGUACAACAGUUUCGUGUCGCUGUCUGUCUGAAAUAUGCUUCCUUUCCCUCCCUUUUCUCCUCUCCACAAUCUGUGCUUCAUUCAUGCAGGCGGCUUUAUUUUCCCUCUUUGCAGCGCCAAAUGGCCACUGGCAUCGCAGCUUCUUGUCUGUUUAUAUUAAAAGUUGCUUUUAUUGCACUGUUUUUAAUUUGGAGCAUUAACUGAAUGCUCAUACACAGUUAAAUAAAUAGAAAGAGUUCUGUGGAGAC